GAGUUGGAUUUCAUUCACGAACAGACAGUGCCAGCGAGAGGACGUACUUUGCGUAACGUCCUCGCCAAAAGAGAAAAUAAAAGAAUCAAAUCAAUUUGUGCUUCAAGUGACGGCGUCAUCUGUCCAAGAAGUGUUGGUGUAAAGCGUAUAAACAGUGAAUAGUGCAAGUCUAGCCGUGAAUAUUUUAACUUUUCAUUGAGACUGCAGCAAAACGCCUGCAGCACUGUGAAGUAGGUCACAAAAACGCGCGCGCCACAAGAUGGCGGACGACGAGCAAUUUUCCUUGUGUUGGAACAAUUUCAACACAAAUCUCUCGGCUGGAUUCCAUGAAUCCCUCAUCCGGGGCGACCUGGUGGACGUAACGUUGGCCGCCGAGGGCCAACUAGUUAAGGCACAUAGACUCAUCCUUUCAGUAUGCUCACCGUAUUUCCGGAAGAUGUUCACCCAGAUGCCGGCCAACCAGCACGCAUUCAUCUUUCUGAAGGACGUAAGUCAUUCGGCCCUGAAGGAUCUCAUCCAGUUUAUGUACUGCGGGGAGGUAAACGUGAAGCAGGAUGCUCUGCCGGCGUUUAUCAGUACAGCGGAAGCGCUACAAAUUAAAGGACUGACUGAAUCGGGAGAAAGCGCACCCCCACAUCAAUCACCCGCCAAAGAAACCUCCCAUCACAUAGUAUCGAGUAUGGUCAGCAUUCCAUCGAAUGCAUCCUCUCCCCGGGCGAAACCCAUCCAGAGGACGCGAAUCCAGUCGUACAAACCCGACUCGGAGGACGGAAGCGACCACGAGAAGAUAGUACAAAUCCAAGCCCAAUCCACCCCGAUCGUCGCAGCAAGCAGUAGCAGUAGUGGCCAAAGUGCAACCAUCGUCACCACCCAAGUCACCGCCGCCCCGCAACAGAUUCAGAUUCUGCAGCAGACAGCUCAGAAAAGAACGAUUACGCAACGAGCCUCGAUUACCCCGCAAACGACCCAGAUCAUGAAACGAGCUAAACUGUCCGACCCGUUGGAAGCCACGGAACCGACUCAGAUCCAAACGGUGCAAAUUGUCAAACAAAUCACGCCGACGCCCCAGCCAUCGAUCAGCUCUGAACCGGAAUAUGUCGAAAUGCCUAUCGAAACGAUCAACCCUAAGGCAGAACCGGAAUAUGCUGAUGAUCCAUCGGAAGUCGAGGCUAUCGAUACGGAACACGAACAGGAACAGGCUCUAGCGGAACACGAAACAGACCAUGACCAGGGCGCGGAUGAUUCUGCAAACUAUGUGGAAGACGAAACGUAUGGUGACAUGAGCAAAUAUGACGAAACUUACUUUACCGAGGGUGACGAUGCUAAGGCCGGGGCCUCUGGAUUUGGCACGGAAUCAUACACGGAGGGAACAUCGACAGACCAGGCCGCACAAGCAACGACGCCCACGAGAAAUGACUACCGCAACAAUCCAUCUGAAUUUGAGCUGGCGGAACCAUUGACACCAUGGGUUUUUUCUUCAACCAGCCACCGUAAAAUCAAUCAGGUCGCUCAACCGAUAGAAUCAGUGCCUUUCCCCGUUGAACCAUCGAAAAAACAAACCCGAGCUUCAAAAAAAUCAACCAUGAAAAAGGGCCGAUCAACUUCGUUUCUAGAUAUGGAGGCCAUCGUUGCGAAAGAGACAGGGCAUACCAUGGUUAUGGUACCGACUCGCCGGGGCCCAGUUGGGGUCGAAUUCGAUGGCCAUCAUUUCGAGUACCACUAUGGCAAACAAUCGCACAAACUGUACCGCUGCGCCUGGCACUCCCAGCUUAAUUGUCCCGCCCAGGUGUUGGCCUUCGAUCGCAAGGUCUACGUCGUCUGCGAGGAACACUCGCACCGAGAGUCUUCAACACUGGAUGCGCAUGUGCUGGGCAAACAAAUCUAGCGCUUUAAGUUGUAAUGUUUUCCAAGCUAUAAAUUAUCCUUUAAAACAUAGUUAUUCAAAGCAUAAGAUUUGAAGAUUUGCAAUCAUUAUUAAUUUGAAGAUCAUUUAUUCAAAAAAGAAUGAGCUCGAAAGACUGAGCGAUUUCGGAAAAUACAACAAAAACGGCCUUACAAAUUUGAAAAUAACACUCUAAGAACCUUAACUGUACGAAUGAUUAAUAAAAAGUUAAUUGAUA